AUGGUGCACUUAUAUCGUAUAGCGUCUAUCCCGGGCGAUGGCAUCGGGCCCGAAGUGGUCAGCGCCACGAUCGAAGUGGUCGAGAAGCUCGCCCAAACUCUCGGGAGCUUCAAAAUUGAUUUCACUCAUAUUCCAUGGGGAACAGGAUAUUACAAAGAGCAUGGCAAAUACGUCUCCGACGAUUGUCUUGACACGUUACGCAAGUUCGACGCCGGACUCUUUGGAGCAGUGGGCGCCCCAGACGUGCCAGACCACAUCUCACUGUGGGGACUCCUACUCGCCAUCAGAGGCCCCCUUCAACUCUACGCCAAUGUGAGACCAGUGCGGACAUUCCCAGGCACCAAGUGCCCCCUCAACACCGCCACUGAGGGGAUUGACUGGAUGCUUAUUCGUGAAAACUCCGAAGGCGAGUAUGCUGGUCAGGGUGGACGUUCACACGUCGGUCAGCCUUGGGAAGUCGCGACGGAAGUUGCCAUUUUUACGCGCGUAGGCAUUGAGCGCAUCAUGCGCUUCGCAUUCGAGACAGCCCAGUCUCGACCGCGCAAGCAGCUGACAGUCGUGACGAAGAGUAAUUCCAUGCGUAAUGGACUAGUCCUCUGGGACGAGGUCGCGGCGUCGGUUGCGAAGGAUUUCCCCGAUGUGACAUGGGAUAAGAUGCUUGUGGAUGCGAUGACUGUCCGCAUGGUGGGAAAGCCGCAGUCUAUCGAUACCAUUGUCGGCACAAACUUGCACAUGGAUAUUUUGUCAGACCUUGCAGCUGCUCUGGCGGGGUCGAUUGGGGUGGCUCCUUCGGCGAAUCUGGACCCGACGCGCAAGAAUCCAUCCUUGUUCGAGCCUGUUCAUGGUAGCGCGUUUGAUAUCACUGGAAAGGGCAUCGCGAACCCUGUCGCUACCUUCUGGUCAGCAGCCGAGAUGCUGACUUGGAUUGGUGAGAAGGAUGCGGCAGAUAAGCUGAUGGGAUGUGUCGAGAGGGGGGGCACGUCAAAUACCCAAGAGGUGGUCAAUGCCGUGUGCAGCGAGAUCGAGAAUUUGAGAAUAUAG